AUGAAAUUCAUCGUCUUCGCCGCUCUCUUCGCCGCCUCCGUCCUCGCCAUCCCGGCUGAGAACGCCAAAGCAGUUUCCGCCAACACCAACGACGAGAGAAGCGCGCUCAAAUACCUCCUCCAAAACUCGCCCGCCGGACACCAGGCAGAGGAAGACGGCCCCGCGCCUCCAGGCUGCUACUGGGACGGCACCGCGCCGUUCUGCGCUGGGGCCGCGGAAGCUGUGGAGACGGCGCGUGCUGCUGGACCGGCUACAAGUUCCUUUGCUGCAGAGAUGCGGCCCAGGAGUGAGCGCGCGCACGCGCCUGCGCGAGGAUGGGGAAUUAUAAGUAACCCUGCAAAGGAAUAUGUGAGAGUGAGACUAAAGAGAACAGCGGAUGGCUUGCGCGUGUUGCCACUGGUUGCUGGACCGGUAUAA